AUGAGUGUCUUUGGUGAUUUUCAACGUGUGUGGGUGGAAAGAUUUCCCGACAGCGCAUUACCUGCUGCUUGGGAAGAAGAUGUACGUGCUAAUUUAAUAAAACACAAACAAAAGGUUGCAACGCUGAGAGAAGAACUUGAAAAGGAAGAAUUUUAUGUUGAGUAUUUAGAAAGAUUGCUUGCUGAUGUUGAACAUCACAGAAAAUUAGCUGCAAACUCUAGCUCGGUAAAUGUGUCACCAACAGCGGGAGCUAAAACCACCCAGCGGUGUCAGAAAAUAAGUGAAAAUGAAGGUGAAGAGAGUAGUCAGAGUCAGGCCGUGACUAAGUCACCACCCCCUUUACUGCCAGUUCGUAAGGACAUAAGUAAAUUACAAGACAAAUGUGUUUCUGAAUUAAGCUCCUCACUGAACUCUUCUCGACGUCCCAAGAGUGAGAUUCCAAAGAGCCCAAUUAAAACCGCUGAUGAGUCAGCUGUCAGAAGUAAUAGUGAUCCGGACAUUCCCAGUAAUUAUGUCACUGUUAUUGAAGUUACUGGCAGCUCUAAAAAGGACAACAACAACAGCAGUUGCAGUGGCAGUGGCAGUGGCAGUAGUAUGAGUAGCAAUAACAUUAACAAUAACAAUAACAACAAUAACAACAACAACAACAACAACAACAAUAACAAUAACAAUAAAAAUAAAAACAUAAAUAAAAACAAUAACAACAACAGCAAUAAUAUAAAUAAUAAUGAGGAGGAUUUAAAUGAAAAAAAAGUUACAAAAAACAGCGAUGACGCUGAAGAUGGUGACGCAGAGGCUUCUGAAGAAGAGCCUUAUUAUGAUUCAGUGGCUUUGGAUCAAACUGGAGAGUACGUUUACAUUGACGCACGGAUUCCGAUUAUUUCAAACGAUCGCAAUCCAAGACGACCUCCUUCACUGCCAGACUCUCCGGGAAAUCGUAGUAAUUAUGUUAAUAUUGAUUAUUUUAUCCAGCACAGAGUCGCAAUAGACAGCGAAGAUGAAGAAGGUGCUUCUAACACAGCACCUCCGAUACUUUUGCGUGCUUUAAGCACUGACAAUGAAACUGGAAGCAGCGACGCUGAGCUGCUGAGCUUGAGUGAAGGCAGUCUUGAAUCUCCAACCCCGACGACUCCAAGAAGACAAAUCAAAGACCACGAGGAUGAUAGAUUGUCAAUGAUUAAAUGCAUUGUCAACUCAGUUGUCGAAAGCGAGACAGUUUAUGUCGAGUGUCUCACUGUUAUGCUCCAGUAUAUGAAAGCAAUCCGCGCUACUUUGACAACUUCCCAGCCGGUGAUCUCCGAAGAAGAAUUCGGCACGAUGUUUUACAAAAUUCCGGAGCUUCAUGCUCUUCAUAAAAAUUUUUUAGAUGAAUUACGCGGCAAACUUGACACCUGGGACGCUAAAACAUCUAUUGGGGAGCAAUUUAAAUCUAUGGCGAGCAAUAUUAAUCUCUAUGGAGCAUUUUUACACAAUUAUGCUCGAGCUACUGAUACAGUACGAAGAUGCUCAACAAAUUCAGCUCAAUUUGGUGAUAUAACGCGUGACAUAAGAUUACGCGGCAAUCCAAAGGGUCCGGGAUUGUCACUGGAAGAUUUACUGCACAAACCUGUUGCUAGAGUACAAAAAAACGCACUAGUAUUGCAUGAUCUGUUAAAGCACACUCCUACGAGUCAUGCUGAUCAUAUUCCACUGUCAGAGGCGCUUGCUAUGACAAGACAUUUUUUAGAUGAGUUUAAUAUAAUCCAAACGAAGUCAAUGUUUCCAAGUCAUGAUCGCGCGCAAAGAAGAUUAGUUAAAAAUUCAUUUAUUGUUGAAGUUUCUGAUGGACAUCGCAAGUUGAGGCAUUUAUUUUUAUUCAAUGAUGUUAUUGCUUGUGCAAAGUACAAAGCCUCUGGCAGAGAUAAAUUUACCUUUGAAUUAAAGUGGUACGUUCCUGUUGGAGAUGCUGUUGUUAUGGAAGACGGUGUGGAGCCGCGAGAAGCCAGCCCGGCGAAUGUUGUCGCGCUGAGGUCUCAAGCUUGCACUGUCAGGGAUCAAAUAUUGUGGGAAGAGCGCAAUGAUGAGAAGAAAAAUCGGCUUGGUAGGUGCUCUGAAAAAAAUAGAAAAAAACUGGCUGAAUUAGAAGCCCAACUAGUUCUUGCAUCUCCGAAUUUAUUACUCAGAGUUUCACAUAAAAAUCAAAACCGCGGACAGACAAAUUGUUACAGUUUCUUUUUGUCCAGCGAAUUUGAACGUUCGCAGUGGAUUGAAGCUGUGGAAGCGCUCCAACAAGGUGGACAACCGCCAGGAUCAUUACCACUGUCUAUGUACGAGCUGCAAGCUUGGGUCACCGCUUGUCGCACUUACUUGCAAACCGACAUGGGAAGCUAUUUAAUGCGAUCUGGUCGAGAUGAAAGCUUGCUCCUUGGUGACUUGCAUCUUACUCUAUUAGGAUUGACACCUCCAGGGUUGGACAGACCUGGAGAAAUUUAUAUUGUUGUUGAGGUUGAUAGCUACGGACACUACUUUAAAAGAGCUAAAAGCCGAGUUGUUCGCGGACAAGCUCCUACCUGGGGAGAGACUUUUGUCGUCGAGCUUGAGGGCAGUCAGAAUCUUAGAAUUUUACUCUACGAAGAGUGCGCUGGCAAAUCUGUGCUCAGAGGAAAGUCCACGCAACGCUUGAGUCGUUCUUGGCUGCAGUCAGAUCAUAUUGAAAGGUCGCUCAAUCUUGGACCUACCAGUCUAGAUGUUGAAUUGAAAUUUGUUCCCUCGGAGGUUACUUUGAGGCGGGUUCCUUCGGCGAAGCCUCAAGGUCUUUUUGGGGGGAAAAUUCAACAAGUCUGCAAAAGAGAAAAACGGGAUGUACCAUUUAUUAUAACAGCUUGUGUUAGAGAAGUUGAACGACGUGGUAUGAAUGAAGUUGGACUUUAUCGUGUAUCUGGUUCAGCUUCAGAUGUAACGAAGUUGCGGAAGUCAUUUGAAAGUAAUUCAUAUGAAGCUGAGCAACUUUUAAAAGAAGUGGACGUUCAUUCAGUGACAGGAGUUUUGAAACUGUAUUUACGUGAAAUGCCAGAAGCAUUAUUUACCGAUGCACUUUACCCAGCAUUUUUGGAGGCCUUUCAGACCGGCGAGCUGGCGCGUGGAUCAGCACUGCGCCGGGUCUAUGAUAAUUUACCGUCCGUGAACAAGGCGGUGAUUGAUUUCCUACUGGCUCACCUGAAACGAGUAAAUAAAAAUGAGGCACAAAAUAAAAUGUCGCUGCAUAAUUUGGCGACUGUUUUUGGACCAACACUUUUGCGUCCCGGUACCAACAACUCACGGAAUGAUCCCAAGAGCCGGGAUCCUCUGGCCGCGGGUACCGUCGACGUAAUGGCGCAAGCAGGAAUACUAUAUUAUUUUUUGCAACAAAAUAGCAUUGUCCCGCGGGAAAACAAUCAAUCGCUUUAA